AUGAGUACAGGUGCUCUGUUUGGUGAUGACCAGCACGAAGAGGAACUGUUGUUCCGGUUUGCCGUCGACCGGAUCAACUCGGACUCGACAAUACUGGCCCAGACAACACUAGUGCCACAAAUCGAAAGGGUCGACCAUUUCGACAGUUUUCACGCCAAUAAAAGAGUAUGUUCCUUAUUAAACAACGGUGUGGUAGCAAUAUUUGGACCGUCGGGUCUCAGUGCUAGUUCAUCGCACACACAAUCCAUAUGCGAUGCACUGGAAAUACCUCACGUAGAGACCAGUUGGGACUUUCAGAUACAACGAGACGAUCUAUCGAUUAAUUUGUAUCCGAAAACUGUUGUCUUAGCCAAAGCUUAUAUAGAUUUAGUUAAAGCUUGGAAUUGGAAAGUGUUUGCCAUUGCUUAUGAAACUAAUGAAGGUAUCAUCAGAAUACAGGAGUUCCUCAAGGAAGCUGAACGCCACGAUUGGCAGAUAUUUCUCUAUCAGUUUAAGCCGGGAAAGCCCUAUAGAGACACUUUCUGGGAGAUUAACAAAUCGCACUCAAAGAUUGUCAAUAUUGUAUUGGAUGUCAAACAUGAAAAUUUGGUCAACGUUUUGAGACAUGCUCAACAAGUUGGAAUGAUGACCGAGAUACAUAGUUAUUUGAUAACAUCAUUGGACUUACAUACAGUCGAUUUGGAGGACUUUAAGUUUGGUAAUACAAAGAUCUCAUCGUUUCGUUUGGUUGAUGUAAUCAGUCCCGAACUACAGGAUCUGAUGAGCCAAUGGUCACUAUUGGCCUCGAAAAUUGGCAAAAAACAUAUAUUGCCCCCAAAAUAUAUACUGACGGACUCUGCACUGGUCUACGAUGGCGUCAAACUGUUGGCCACUGCUCUGCAAGACUUGGAUCAAAGUCAGUCAGUUGACGGCAUUCAGCCGAUAUCCUGUGAAAAUGGCAGUCCCUGGCUAUACGGAAGCUCUCUUAUCAAUUAUAUGAGACCUAUUACAUUCCGCGGUAUUACAGGACUGGUUGGUUUUGAUCAGUCGGGUUACAGAUCCAACUUUGCAUUGGACGUCAUGAGUAUAUUUCCCGAUGGACUACAAAAAAUUGGCUAUUGGACUGAAAAUUCACAGGUAAACGGCACCAGUAGUUUGCAAAUCAACUCGGAUAUGAUGAAACAGUAUUCAGUGAUAUCGAUGAAAAACGUUAUGCUAAGGGUUACCACAAUUAUCAGUGAACCGUAUACCAUGUGGAAGGAAAGUGCCAUUUCAAGGGAGGGUAACCAACAGUACGAAGGCUUUGCAGUGGAUCUAAUCGAAGAGUUAUCCAAAAUUAUGGGAUUCAGCUAUCGAUUCCAAUUGGUCAAAGACAAUGCCUACGGCAUCAAAGAUGAAAAUGGCAAUUGGAAUGGAAUGAUAGGUGAACUGAUCCGAAAUGAGGCCGACAUUGCUAUUGUCGAUCUAACUAUUAGUUCCAAACGUGAAGAAGCUGUUGACUUUACCCAACCAUUUAUGAACACCGGGAUUAGUAUAUUGUUUAAGAAGCCGACAACCAAAGUGACGACACUGUUCUCGUUUUUGUCGCCCUUUCAAAACAUUGUCUGGAUUUACGUUUUGGGCGCCUAUAUCAGUGUCAGUACCAUACUGUUCAUUGUAGGCCGACUAACGCCGUAUGAAUGGGAUGACCCGCACCCGUGUAGACAGGGAGAUAAUGUAUUGGAAAACAAUUUCAGCUUGAUCAAUAGUUUUUCAUUUACCAUCGGCACAAUGAUGCAACAGGGAUCAGCUGUAGCACCCAAAGCAAUGUCUACCCGAACCGUAGCAGCCAUUUGGUACUUUUUUACACUGAUAAUGAUAUCGUCGUAUACGGCAAAUUUGGCCGCAUUUUUGACAGUCGAAAAAGUGAUUUAUCCCAUCGAAGAUGCCGAAGGUAUGGCCUCACAGACACAGAUCAAAUACGGCUGUCUGGGAACCGGUACGACCAAAGCAUUCUUUGCCGAAUCCAAAAUACCGACUCAUCAGCGAAUGUGGGCAUUCAUGAAGAAUAACCCGUCGGUGUUUACCAAAUCCAAUCGGGACGGCAUUGAAAGAGUCCAGAAAAGUAAUGGCAACUAUGCUUAUCUAAUGGAAAGUGCAUCGAUUGAGUAUAAGAUUGAAAGGGACUGUAAUUUGACACAAAUCGGUGGACUACUCGAUACUAAAGGAUACGGAAUUGCCAGUCCUAAAGAUUCUCCAUAUAGAAACCCAUUAUCGCACGCUAUAUUGAAAUUACACGAAAACGGAAUACUAUUGCAAUUAAAGGACAGGUGGUGGAAGCAAAAGAAAGGUGGUGGUAAAUGUGCUGAAGAGACAAAAAAGUCUUCAGCCGUCAACAAUCUGAGCAUCGAUCACGUCGGCGGUGUUUUUGUGGUCCUAUUGGGAGGUCUGACCCUAUCGUUUUUGGUGGCCAUCUUCGAGUUCAUUUGGAAGGCUAGAAAAAGUGCCGACAAAGAGGAAUCAGUUAUCGAUGAGAUGAUCAAAGAUUUGAGGUUUGCUUUUGCGUGUCAGAGUAAGACAAAGAUUGUCCAGAAAAAUGACGACUUUGUCAAAGACAAGUUCAGCGAUUCGUGUCCACCACAGUAUGGAUCAGAUUAUAAUACAAUUUACUGA